AUGACAAGCAUCGAUGAACUCUUCAAGAAGCCAGGAGCGUCAGUUGCAUCGCACAAGCGCAAGUUCGAGGCACCAGACGCACAAGCAGUGUACAAAGCCACGAAACUGUCAAGCUCUUCAUCACCAAAUCACACGAAUGGCGCAACAGUAGAGGACGCGGAGGACGACGACUUAGAGGCUGGGCCAGAGCUACCCCCGGAUGACGAAGAUGACGACGAAGAUGGUCGCUUCUUUGGCAGCGGCGUGACCAAAGGCGGCGAAGAGGCAUUGGACUAUUUGGAUGAGCAGGAUGGAGAAGAUCUCAAAGAGGAAAUUAUCGAUUCGGCAUGGCUACGGCGGCUAGCGACGAGCUUCGAGAAGAAGGUGGUGAAGAACGCGCAACUCAGAGCACGAUACGAGAACGAUCCGGCAAAGUUCAUCGAUUCUGAAGCAGACUUGGAUGCGGAGAUCAAGAGCUGGAGCUUGCUGAGUGAACACCCUGAGCUAUAUGUUGAAUUCGCAGAGUCCAACUCGGUCGCGAGUCUGGUCGGAUUGUUGGCGCAUGAAAACACGGACAUUGCGAUCGGCGCGAUUGAGAUACUCUCUGAAUUACUGGACGAGGACGUGGAAGCUGGGCCGGAUCAAUGGAGUGCUCUCGCUGGUGCAAUGCUCGAUGCCGAUCUUCUUGACCUACUCAUGAGCAAUCUGGCACGACUGGAUGAGGAUAACGAGAGUGAUCGAAGCGGAGUCUAUCACAGUCUGUCGGUGCUGGAGAACCUUGCUAGCCAGCAAUCCGUAGCGGAGAAGAUUGGCCAGGAGAAAGUGCUGCUGUGGUUGUGUAACCGCGCGAAAAAGGCAGAAAAGCCUGUCGGCCAAAACAAGCAGUACGCUGCAGAAGUGCUUCAAGUGCUCCUGCAGAGUUCAGUGCCGCUGCGAAGGCGGCUAGCUGAGGACAUCGAUGGCGUCGAUCUUUUUCUCCAGCUACUUGCCGCAUAUCGAAAACGCGACCCACCAAAGGACAGCCACGAGGAAGAAUUUGCGGAGAACUUGUUUGAUGCGUUGACAUGUGUUGUCGACGAGCCAGAAGGCAAGAGCAAGUUCGUCGAAGCGGAAGGAGUGKAGCUAUGCCUCAUUAUGCUGAAGGAAGGCACGAAAAAUAUCUCUCAACGAGCACUACGCGUUCUAGAUCACGCAGUGGGCUCGCAACGUGRGUCUUCUUCUGCAAACGUCUGCGAAAGGGUGGUUGAAGCUGCGGGUCUCAAACCAAUCUUCUCGAUGUUCAUGAAGAAGGCCGAUAGUACGGUAACAGAACACAUCUUGGGCAUAUCGGCUGCGUUGCUGCGUUUUCUUGCUGGAGAAUCGCCGGCGAGAAUACGAACACUUGCCAAGUUCGCCGAAAAGGAUUACGAGAAGGUGGCGAAGCUGCUUCAGCUGCGCAAGGACUACGCUCGAAAGGUGGCAGUCGUUGACAAGAACAUCGCCCAUGAGCAAUMAACGCUCUCCGCAGAGGAGAGCGAGGAGCGUGCUGAUGAGUGGUUCUCGCGCCGUUUGGACRGCGGCUUGUUCUGCCUACAGACGAUUGAUGUCAUCCUCGCGUGGCUCAUCGCGGAGGAUCAAGUCGUGAAAAAGAAAGUGCAAGCGCUUUCCGUUGAUGAGGACCUCUUCAACAAUAUCCGCAAGUCACUCGACGAGCAAAGGAAAGGUCUCGAGGACGAUGAAGACACGAGAGAGAUGCUGGAGACGCUGAUCGGGUUUCUUGUAUAA